AUGGCUACCGACAUGAAGCCGCGCGUGUCACGCAAGGGCAAGCAGCUGCAGCUCUGCUAUGACCUCCCGCAGCACGUCAACGUCGCGAAAAUCUAUCCCAAGCCCGCUCCCAACGGCUCCACCGUCGUCGUCUAUGGCCACAGCAACGGGCUGCGUGUGAUAUGGAGGGGCGGUCGCUCGCUGAAGCGCAAUGCUGCCUCCAAGGGCGACAGCCAGCCCAAGGUCAAUGGCACCUCAAACGACGCUGUCAUGAUCGACCUAACCCACGACGAGCCCUCGCAAGCCCCACCAGCCGUUGUUGACGAUGACGUCGAGUUUGAGUCGGAAGAAGAGGAGGAAGAUGAGUCGGAACCAUACCCGCCCGUCGUCCAGCAUCUCGACCUCCCGCUGGGUACCGAGGUCUUGUACAUGUCCUUUCCCCAGGUCCCUUCCAUAUCGCCAUAUAGGCCAGCCGCCCUCAUUCCCCCCAUAUUCAAUGAGCGAAUAGUGCUCUCUGUCGCCUGCGCAGACUCCAGCGUGCGCAUCGUUACUCUCCCGCUCACACCUCCGUCUCAUGCCCGUAAGGCAGCUGAUCGCAGCAAGAGCGAAGCAGCCUACGGCGAGCAAGUCCUCCGUAUCGAAGGCCAGCAUGGCCAUCAGUCAAUACCUCGUGGAAUCACCAUGACGUGGAGCUCACGCACCUCAGACACCUUCCCCGACGACAUGGACCUGGACGCGGAUGCGUCCGACGACGACGACGCCGAUAGCUUUCGCUCACGGAGAUUGAUCCAGAGUGACGAGCCGUUGGAGUGGGAUUUGAUUGUGGCCUCUCACUCCGUCGAGGUCACUGGACUGCUCCAUAUCUUCCGCAUCCCGCUUGUUUUGAAGGAUAACCAAUUCUCUUUCACGACCGAGCCCAUUUUCCCGUACCAGACGCAAUACCUUUCUUCUCCUGCUACUCGCGUCUACUUCAGUUCUUCUCAAUUCCCUAGCCCUCGCCAUUUGCAACUGCUUGUUGCCGACUCCAAGGGUACAGUCAAAGUCUUUGACCCACUAGCGCCUCCGCGAGCACGACCGCGGUCUGCUGGUAGAGACGUCGUCGUUGAGCCCAAGCCGGGAGCAUGGAUUGCGUCAUUCUCCACCAGCUUCGAGAUUCCAAAGCACAUCAAAGUCUCGAAUCCCUACCUAGCUCGGAGAAAGACCAUUCUCGACGCCAAGUGGGCGUCUGACGGCAAGAGCAUCGUUGCACUGUUGUCUGACGGAGAAUGGGGCGUCUGGGCUAUGGAUGGCGCCAGCAUCGCUCGCAACGCAUCCACUAAGCCCGUAUCGACCUUCGCCCUUCGCGGUUACGUGAGUGGUGCUGAGCACAAGGCUUCCACAUCUACGGGUCUCGCCCAGACCAAGCCCGGCAACAAAUCCCUGACCCUCGCACCGAUGACCCCGAACACUCGCCGUACGCGCGAAGAAACGUUAUUCCACGGUCCCGUCACUUCCGGCACGAGCGACUCAGCCCACGGUGGCAUUUCCAUCUCCAGCUCAUUUUCCGUAGCACACGGGGGCCAGGCCGAGGACUCCAUCGUCCUCUUCUAUGGCGACGAUCUCUACCGCAUCCCCAACCUACAGCAGUUCUGGUCGCGCAGCACGCACAGCACCGGCAGCGGCUCCCUCCACGGGCCGGGCUUGACCCGCGUCGACGGCGCCUCGCUCUACGGCGAGCCCGUGACGGACGUCGAGCAGUUCGGCAAGCCCAAGGGCGCUGCCGCCCGCAUGGGCGUGCCGCGCGACCUGCUCGUCGUCGGCGAGCGCCGCAUCGUCGUCCUCGCCACCGUCAGCCCCGAGGUCAAGGCCGGAGGCAACCUGUUCGCGAGGGAGCUCGAGGCCACGGAUCGCACCGACCGCGUCGACCAGGACUUGCUCAGGCGCGGAGAGCUCGACAUCGGCGGCAUGGACCGCAUGCUCGACAGCUUGGCAUCCGGUGGCGCUGGUGUACCAAACGUUGGUGGUCCUCAGGGAGCGCUACGCCUCGGUAAUGGUCCCACUGCGCAGAAUGUGAGGAGAGUCGGAUUCGCAGGUCUGAGCAGCCUUGGGUCGUCGAGGUGA